AUGAAAGGAUGGCUGCAGGUCUUUGCACGGCGAAGAGCUGCAUUGUUGGCUCCUUCUGCCCCAGUAUGGUCGUCGAAGACUAAAUACCCGUCGCUGCGAUCAUUCUCCGCCUCAACUCCCUUUCGUGCCGGACCGUCUGUACCAGGCGACCUCGAACAAAGAAUCGCAGCCAUCCCGAUCGAGCGAUAUCGCAAUUUCUGCAUUGUUGCACAUGUUGACCAUGGCAAGAGCACGCUCAGCGACCGCCUGCUCGAGCUUACGGGCACGAUCGAACCCGGUGCAAACAAGCAAGUCCUGGACAAACUGGAUGUUGAGAGAGAGCGUGGCAUCACGGUAAAGGCGCAGACAUGCUCCAUGAUCUACAACUACAAAGGAUAUGAUUAUCUUCUCCACCUCGUUGAUACUCCUGGCCAUGUCGAUUUCAGGGCCGAAGUCGCCCGUAGCUAUGCAAGCUGUGGCGGCGCUCUGUUGCUCGUCGAUGCAAGUCAAGGCAUUCAAGCCCAGACGGUUGCAAAUUUCUACCUGGCGUUCGCUCAGGGUUUGUCUUUGAUACCAGUCAUCAACAAAGUCGACUUGCCUCAUGCCGACCCACCCCGAGCCUUGGAGCAGAUGCACGAUACCUUUGAAUUGGACCCUGAUAGUGCCGUCCUCGUGUCUGCAAAGACAGGUUUGAAUGUUGAGUCUGUUCUCCCGGCCGUCGUUGAGCAGAUACCUGCGCCAGUCGGCGACCCCAAGAAGCCGCUCAGACUCUAUCUAGUCGACUCAUGGUAUUCGAGCUAUAAAGGGGUUGUUCUGUUGGUACGACUGUUUGACGGUGAGCUUCGGGCGGGUGAUCAGAUUGUCUCGUUCGCCACUGGGAACCGAUAUACCGUUGGCGAGGUCGGUAUCAUGUAUCCUGAUCAGACACCACAGAAAGUACUACGAGCUGGACAAGUUGGUUAUGUUUACUUUAAUCCUUCGAUGAGGAAGAGCAGCGAAGCCAAGAUUGGUGAUACAUAUACAAAAUUAGGUUUUCAGAAGCAGGUGCAGCCGUUGCCUGGCUUUGAGGAACCCAAGCCCAUGGUUUUUGUGGCUGCUUUCCCGGUCGAUCAAAGUGAAUUUGAGCAGCUUGAGGAUAGCAUCAAUCAGCUUUUGCUAAACGAUCGAAGUGUGACCGUACAGAAGGAGUCGUCACAGGCGCUGGGUGCCGGGUUCCGACUAGGGUUUUUGGGCACCUUGCACUGCUCGGUCUUUGAAGAUCGUCUGAGACAGGAACACGGAACCAGCAUCAUCAUCACACCACCUACGGUCCCUUUCAAGGUUAUAUACAACGAUGGGAGAGAGGAGAUCAUCACCAAUCCUGCCGAGUUCCCCGACAAUGACGAAGCGCGCCGAGGUGUUGCAGAGCUACGAGAACCCUAUGUUCUAGCAACUCUCACGUUUCCUGACGAGUAUCUUGGGAGAGUCAUGGAACUGUGCGAGGCAAACCGUGGUGAGCAGAAGUCUAUGGAAUAUUUUACUUCCUCACAGGUCAUCCUGAAGUACGAGAUGCCGCUCGCUCAGCUUGUUGACGACUUCUUUGGCAAGCUAAAGUCAAACACGAAGGGAUAUGCCACACUCGAUUACGAGGAAGCUGACUGGCGUGCCAGUAACAUUGUCAAGCUCCAACUGUUGGUGAACAAAGAGCCAGUGGAUGCCGUGUCCAGGGUUUUGCACCAAUCACAAGUACGCUACGUGGGCAAACAAUGGGUUGAGAAGUUCAAAGAACACGUCGACCGGCAAAUGUUCGAGAUCAUUAUACAAGCUGCUGUUGGGAAACAAAUCAUUGCCCGGGAAACCAUCAAGCCAUAUCGGAAGGACGUCCUCGCAAAAUUACAUGCGGCCGAUAAAACGAGACGGAUGAAAUUAUUGGAAAAACAAAAAGAAGGUCGCAAGAAGUUGAAAGCUGUGGGUAAUGUGGUGAUUGAGCACUCGGCGUUUCAAGCAUUCCUCGCAAAGUAG